CACUGACAUCAAUGUUGUUUUUGAACAGAGACUACUUGGGAGCGGCCAAGCAGUGUGCCUGGGACACCAAAGAGCCCUGUGACACAGAAGAACUCCUUGCCUACAGUGAAUGGGUAUCACAUACCAGGAACUUUGGUACCCCAACUAGAACCAAGCCACAUGAGUCUCCGCAAAGUCACCAGUGACCCCCAGAGUCCUGGGUCCCCCUCACCUACUCGAAAGCAGAACAAGGAGACCACGUUCACGAUAAACUGUGUGACGUUCCCCCACCCUGACGCAAUGCCAGAGCAGCAGUUGCUGAAACCUUCUGAAUGGAGCUACUGCGAUUAUUUCUGGACUGAUAAGAAGGAUCCUCAAGGAAACAGCACCGUCUCGGGAUUUGAAAUUCUUCUUCAGAAACAACUGAAAGGAAAGCAAAUGCAAAAAGAGAUGGCGGAAUUUAUUCGGGAAAG